GAUUCCCGCGCGCAGGAUUCAAACGGCGGCGGCGGCAGGGCUCAGGGCAGUUUGCAGCAAUGGAAGCCUUCAAGUCCCAAAACAACCUGGCUCGCAGGGAGAAACCUGAUGGGGGGCCAGUUUCUGUCACUAUCCCAGCCUCUCCCUUCAUGCAGAAGCUUGGAUACGGCACUGGGGUCAGCGUCUACUUGAUGAGAAGAUCUCCCAGAGGUUUGUCUUGCUCCCCUUGGGCUAUAAAGAAAAUUAAUUCCAAAUGCAACAGGAGCCAGCAAAGCAUCUAUCAGCAGAGACUGAACAAAGAAGCCGAGAUUUUGGAAAACCUCCAGCACCCAAACAUUGUGGGUUACCGUGCGUUUACCGAGGCCAAUGAUGGAAGUAUGUGUCUGGCCAUGGAGUACGGAGGAGAAAAAUCUCUCGGUGAUUUGCUUGAAGACAGACGUGCAGAACGGUUGGGCCCUUUCCCUGCUGCCACCAUUUUCAAAGUUGCCUUGAGCAUGGCGAGGGGGCUGAAGUAUCUUCACAAUGAUAAGAAGCUGCUCCACGGAGAUAUCAAGUCUUCAAACGUGGUUGUUAAAGGUGAUUUUGAAGCCGUCAAGAUCUGUGACGUGGGAAUGUCCCUGCCCCUGGACGAGAACAUGACCGUGAGCGACCCGGAGAUGUGCUAUGUUGGCACCGAGCCCUGGAAGCCCAAGGAGGCUCUGCAGGAUGAUGGCGUGAUCACCGACAAGGCUGACAUCUUUGCUUUUGGGCUGACUCUCUGGGAAAUGAUGACCCUUUCUGUGCCCCACCUCAACCUGAGCGACGACUCUGGUGAUGAAGAUGAGUCUUUUGAUGAAGACUGCUUUGACGAGGAAGCAUAUUACGCAGCCCUUGGAACCCGCCCAGCCCUCAACAUGGAGGAGCUGGACCCAUCCUACCAGUGCAUGAUCGACCUCUUUUCUGUCUGCACCAACGAGGACCCCAAGAAGCGUCCCUCUGCCGCGUGCAUCGUGGAAGCCUUGGAGGCAACUCUGGCCUAGAAGUAAAAGCACUUAAGCUCCCGUGCUGCAGAGCUCGGGGACAACACAGUUGUCACAUUACAUCUGCCUUAAAGCUCUUCCCUUGUUGUUUGUGUUAAAUUAACAACUUAUUUGUCACCGAUAUGUUAAAAAUACUUUUUUUUUUCUUCUUAAUCUGUGUGGAAGCAGUGCUUUCCCCCCCCCCCCCCCCCCCGCUACAGCACAUGUGUGUCCCUGCCCUGUACGUGCAAGGUUUGGUGAGGGCUCUUGAGUAAAGUAUUUGUGUUCCUGAGGUGGUUGGGGACAGCAGCCCCAAGCUCAAGGAAAAGUUUUCCUGACCCAACAGGUUGUUACGCAGAGUUGUACCACAGUAAAAGAGGGUAUAGGGUCAAGAAAAGUCACCACUCUUAGGGAUUUACUGAAGAAAACACUGCCAGCAGGGAAUUCCUGCUAAAGAGGUUGCAACACAUACUUGUCCUCCUCCCCCCCAGCCACUGCCACCUUCUCCUCCAAACUCCUCAAAGUAGGAGAGUGCUGGAAGCAUUCCCACAUCUCUGCACAGAAACACGCUGGAGCAGCGGCAUUUCUCACAUUUUAUUGAG